AUGGCGCUAACUCCUCUACCUGAUCAAAACGGGGCCGCGGCCGAAUGUACAGAGCCCAUCUUUGCUACCUACCCGGACCUCAAUGGCAAAGUUGCCUUUUUAACCGGCAUCGGGCAGACAGGCGAUGGAGAUAUGUGGGGAAAUGGCGCCGCAAUUGCCAGAGUGCUCGCAGCGCAAGGCGCCAAGAUCUUUGGGUGUGACCUCAGCCUAGAGGCAGCCGAGUACACAAGACGACGAAUUGUGGCUGUGGGUGGCGAGGUGACUGUCGUGGCAGCCGACGUUACAAAGGACGAGAGUGUCAAAGGCGCCGUAUCGGCCUGUAUUGCAAAAUACGGUCGAAUCGACAUAUUGGUCAACAAUGUUGGUAGAUCCGAGCCUGGGGGACCGGCAGAGAUGGCAGAGGCAGUUUGGGAUGCCCAGACCGCUGUCAACUUGAAGUCCGUCUACCUGUGCUGCCAUUCCGUUCUGCCGUUGAUGGAACAGCAGCGGUCCGGUGUCAUAGUUAACAUCGCCUCCAUCGCGGGUCUUCGCUAUGUCGGCAAGCCGCAGGUGGCAUACGCAGCCACCAAAGCGGCCGUCAUUCAGUUUACCAGAGCAACUGCCGUUCUAUACGCAGCAAAGAAUAUUCGAUUGAACGUCGUGGUGCCCGGCUUGAUGAAUACGCCCCUCGUCACCCUGCUGGCUGACAAGUACGCGCAAGGCGAUCUCGCUGGCUUUGUCAAGAAACGGAACGAAGCAGUGCCAAUGGGCAGGAUGGGCAGCUCGUUCGAUGUGGCCAUGGCGGCUGUCUUUCUGGCAUCUUCUCAGAGCCGCUACAUUACGGGACAGAAGAUUGUAGUUGAUGGAGGAAUAACAUCAUCGACGGGCUGA